AUGGGCGCCUUAGAUCAUCUGUCAAACAUGUUUGAUUGCUCGAGCGGCCAUUCUAAAAAGCUCAAGAAGCGCAAGCAGCUCCAGACUGUCGAAAUUAAGAUCAAGAUCGAUUGCGAAGGAUGUGAGAGGAAAGUGCGAAGAUCGGUCGAGGGAAUGAAAGGUGUGACCUCGAUCGAGGUCACCCCAAAGCAGAACAAGUUAACCGUGAUCGGUUAUGUGGAUCCCGAGAAGGUCGUGGCCCGCGUGGCCCACCGAACGGGUAAAAAAGCCGAGCUUUGGCCUUACGUCCCGUAUGAUGUGGUGGCCCACCCUUACGCGCCGGGCGUUUAUGACAAAAAAGCCCCUGCUGGUUAUGUCCGAAAUGCGGAGGACCCGCGCAUUUCACAGCUGGCUCGAGCGAGCUCGACUGAGGUUAGGUACACGACGGCCUUUAGUGACGAGAAUCCCACAGCAUGUGUCGUAAUGUGA